ACGUCAGUUUGUGCGUGUUGCUCUGUACCGGGGGGCGUAGGUUUGACCGGCUUUUCAGAGGCAGACACAAUGAACCGUCGGACGAUGUAAAGUACGCAUGUGGUCUGAAGGCACACGUUUUGGCAGUAUAUAUUUUUUAUUUUGUUGGAUAUAAUUUGAUGUUUUCGAGCACACAUAUCAACGAGACUUUGUGACGGUAUAGGGAUAGUUGGAAAAGGUCUGUUCAACGAGUUCUCCUGCUAAAACAAGGUCGAAAUAUCUGGCUAGUCCGAUUCGAAAACGACUCCGAAAACAAUACGGAAUUUUUCAAGGUAAAGGACUUGCUAAAGUCGAAGGUAAAUUAUGUCGAUGAUUGAAUAUUCUGAUUACUUCGCCGCAGAAUGUCUGGUGUCGAUAUCUAGCGGUCCCGUCCUACACCGACCUACCCCGGUUGCAGCCGCAGCCCAGCCCCCUCCCCAGGCCCUUCUUCCUGGGGAGCCUGAAUGGUCGAACGAGGACAGGGAGGUGCGCGAGACAAUGAGACUCGAUGGGACCAACAUGAUGAAGGUGGCUGGGAUUCUCACGGACCUCCACAGCAAGUUCCGGCCGAUGUCGGCCUACUCGGAAAGCAGCAACUCCUCGUGUGGGGAGAGCGGCUACACCACGUUGUCUGACUCAACUACCCCUACCAUGACCCCCUCUGCUACUCCAAUUCCUGGACAGUACAAUGCCAUUCAGCAACAGUGGGGAGGAGGGGCGCCUCGGUCCCCAGUAAAACGACACCAGUGCACUUUCGACGGCUGUGACAGAGUUUAUGGGAAAUCAUCUCACCUGAAAGCCCAUAUCAGAACCCAUACAGGUGAACGACCCUUUCCCUGCACCUGGCCCGACUGCGAGAAGAAAUUUGCCCGCUCUGACGAGCUGGCUCGCCACAUGCGCACCCACACGGGUGAGAAGCGCUUCCUGUGCCCACUGUGCGACAAGCGCUUCAUGCGAAGCGACCACCUCAUCAAGCACGCCCGCCGCCACCCCGACUUCCAGCCAUCCAUGCUGUGCCGCAAAGGCUCGUCCUCCGGGGUCCAGGGGGUGUCCAGCCCCGCCAUGGGCCAGUAGAGUGGAGGGGUCAGUGGGUUCACUCCCACAUCUAGGGCUGGGGUAAGCAAGGGUCACAGGGAGUGGUCCUAACCAAUCAAAUCCACAAGCCAGGCCCCAGCCUGUCCACCACUCACCACAAACAGGACCUGGCUGGGGGUGCAUUCACCACCACCCACCUCGACGGAUGAAGACGACACUACUCUCAACGCUCAACACAACCUCAAUUCUCUCCAACCCUUUCCCUGAAAAACACUCACACAUGCAGGGAAUUCUCAUGGUCUUCAGUCCACAGUCUCAGCACACGCAGCAGCCAAAUGUUUUCCUCCUCUCUCUGCUUAUUUUAGAGAGAUGGUGCGCCACGCUUUUUUACUGUGUCCGUUUCCUUUUUUGUUAGCGCCAUUUAGUGAUAUUUAGCUAGAGGCGUAGCGAAGCAGAGGUCGACUAGACGCAUAGCAGCUUUGCUGAUCCCAUAUUCACCGAUUUUAGAGGUUGCACAUUCCAUGUGUUUUUGUCGUAUGCGUUUGUUUCUCUUUCGAAUGAAUUUAGUUGGCUUAGUUAUGUUAUGUUUUUGCAAUAUUGUAUUUACUGCAUUAUUUAAUUUGCGGGUCAACUUCACUUUCAUAGUACUGAUGAUGAGUGGUUUAAAGCGCUAAAGACAAGCAGUUUGCAGGCCAUCCUUAUUGAUUCUCAAUCAACUUUUAUUUUUACCAUCCAUGAAACGUUGACACAUGAUACACGUAGUAUUAUGUCACAUACUGAUGCAAAUGUAUAUAAGCUUUAAGCUUCUAUUGUAGAGAAUAUCCUUAAAUACUAUUAGAGGAAGUAAUACUUGUGAUGAAUUGUAGUCCUUAUAUUAGGGGUGACAGAGUAUAUGCUUGGAUAGAAUAGCGCUGCUUGUGAGUGUGUGUAAGAGUGUGUGUGUGUGUGUGGGUCUCUAUUUCUGUUUUGUUAGAGAAAGAGAAUACACUUUCUACUGUUUCCACUGUCUGUCCAGCUAAAUGGACACCCUUACUUUAUUAUCUCAGUGAACAACACUUCAGGAAACUCAGAAAGCCUUAAACAAUUUCAUACUUUUUUUAACCAUGUUUACAGUUUGAAUCAUUUCUACAGGUUUACGCCGACUCGUCGACACAUUACAAAUACACAUAUGCAAUAUGACACUUUUUCUUACAGGUGUUUUGAACGCUACUUGGCUAAUUUAUGUGAUAGGUAUUCACUGUAUUUAUACGCUUCUACAAUUGAACACUGUGGAAUUUGAUAGUGAUACAUGUUAUUCUCAUUAUACUUAUUAUAGCCAAUGGUUAGUAAGCCACAUUUGUCCAAGUGCUUUAGGAAGUGUGAUAAAGGAUAGAUUGGGGUUACUACAUUUCUUUUCUUGUUUUUUCUUUGCUGGUCAUUCAUGUCCUCUCUUAUCAUAAUGACUAUGUAUCUGGCUUGUUCCUAUGUAUCUUACUUGAUCCUAUGUAUCUGGCUUUUCUCAGACACGAUAACACUGUACUCGGUGCUCUCAGAGCCUUGUUAAAACUAAUUUCUUCCACAGAAAGAUUGAAUUGCAUGACUAAGGCACCUCCUCAUAGAGUCCCUCCGAUGUCUUCCUUCUCUCAUGUCUCCACUAACAGACUGACUUUAAGUGAUCAUUUUUGCGGCAUUAUUUGAUCACUGUUCAUUCCAUUGUAAUGGGAUGUAUUCAACUUUUUAGUUGAAAUGCUUUUGCCAUUUGUACACAUUUUCACAAGUUAUUACAAUCUGUUGACAACACUUGGUAACUAUAACUUCAAAGGCACAAUAUUACUUAGUGAAAGUAUUUGCUAUGUUUUAAAAUGAAUUGCGGAUGUCUCCAUGGAUCUCAUAAUUUCCCAAAUGUAUUUGUUUCAUUUUCUGACAUGGUGACUCUAAGCAAGUCUGCCUCGUCAAAAUGAUGAUUAUUUCACAAAGAGUAACAAUAAUUUACCUCACAAAUUGUUUUGUGUAAUAUUUUGUCUUCCCUUGGAAAGUAGUUGGAUCAAAAAUGCUUCUAAAGCCAAUCGAGCCUUAGGUUUGAACUUCUUCUGUUCUUCAACUGAAAACUACACUCCGGCAGGGAAAACGUCUCUUUUAGUCUGUCUUGUCUAUAUUCUUAUGUAUGCUGUGUGUACAGACUGUGCUUAACACUUUUUCCCCCAUAGUAUUUUACUUACCCCUGGGUGUUCAGUAGUGCUGCUCAUCAUCAGUUUGGACAUACUGCGUUAGAUAUGUAUCAAUAACAUUCAUUUUGUAACCUACAUAAGAACUUUAUAACACACCCAUAACCCAUACAAAACACAUUCAUAAGCAGUACAUGGACAUUUCAUAAAUGCUUAUGUCAACACUCGCAAGUUGAUAUUUCAGUUAUGUCACUAUUUGCCAUUGUUAACAUAAGCGUUUAUGAAAUACUCAUUAACUGCUUACAAAUGGGUAAUGUAUGGGUUAUGAAGUCAUAAUGUAGGUACCCUUCAGAUAGAGUUACCAAUUAAUCAAUAUAGAUUUGACAAACCACAAAAUCUGGCUUUGGGGGGACACAACCAUAUCUCAAACUAUUUAAUUCACCGCGCUGAACACGUUCUAGGGCAAACAAUGCUUAUUGUUUCCCACCGUACACUCAUAUUUUAAAAAAAUGGCACCGCUGCAUUGUGCGUACAAAACAAUUUUUAAAAGACUUUUUAAGACACAUUUUAAUGUAAUCAUUGAAGAAACCCCUUAUUCCAGCUUUGUUUUACGUCGCUAAGAGGAACUGUGGAAAUCAUUUAAUACAGCUGCAAAAUCCUCUCUGAUAUUUAUAUUCUCAGGUGUCUUUUAAGAAUUGAGCGCAGGAACUUCCAUAUUUCCUGUGCAACACCCAGGUGUAAGCAUGUGUUGUUUCUAUUAUUUUGCUGAUUAAUUUAUUACGACUUAUCAUUUGUGUGGUUUAAAUCUUUUUUCCAUAGCUCAUUAUUUUGGUGAUCUGGAACAAUGCUAAUAAUUUGGUUCCAUUGUUUGCUUGAUACAAAACUGCCAGUGCUUUUUUAAAUAAUAAAUACAAACUGUAAGUUGAA